CUCCGAUCUACCGCAAUGAAGCCCAAUCAUCUCCUACCAGUCCUCGCGGCCGCGGGCAUUGAUGCGCUCCCUCUAUCAACCGGGCUGUCCGAUGAAAGCACAUUUGGCAUGUGCUUCUCCAACGCGGAGUGUUCUGGUUCAACUCCCAUCUGUUACGACUAUACUUCCACCUGCGUUGGCUGCGUCGUCAGCGGCAAUUGCGGAGGAUUGACUCCCAUUUGCGAUACCGACACAUUGACCUGCGUCGCGUGUAUUUCAAGCGACGACUGUCCUGGGCUGAACGACCUCUGCGAUCCCAUCACUCUGAGAUGUGUUGGCUGCAUCUCCGAUGCCGAGUGUUCAGGCUCGACUCCUGUUUGCGACCCAGAUAGUCGAGUGUGCGUUGCAGGAGUCACCAGCCCUACAGAAGAGCCUCCGGAAGAGCCUAUCGAAGAAGCCGUGGACGAAACCCCGGAGCAGCCCGCGGACGAGGCUGUGGAGGAACCCGAGGAUGGUGCUCUGGAGCAACCUUUGGGAGAGCCUCACCCUAUACUCGACAACCCCAGCGGCUCGGAUCUCCCACCCCCGGAUCAUCCUCUCACCCCAGAUCUCUAG